GAAGGACAUUUCAUUCGGGACUCGCAGGGAGCACCUCCGAUCCACCGAGAGGGUUUUUGGUUUCCAGUUGAAAAAGCGGCGAGCCGAGUUUCAAAAGAAGAAGCGGCAGCAUGGAAGAGUCCUCCAAGCCACCGGUGCCGCGGCUCGUGCCCGUGGCCGCAGCUCCGCCUGCGCGCGCACACGCACCCGACGACCCCCUACUGCGGCGGUAGCUGGAGUAGACCUGGAGGAAGAGACCGCAGCGGAGAAGAAGAGUCUGAGAGAGCGAGCGAGGGAACGUGGGAAAAGAGGAAGACGAUGUACCGAGCGCUGCUUCUCUCCUCCCUCGUCCUCCACGUGAUGGGCACGCCGCAGUUCCUCGGUCGCCACGGGAGGAGGGUGUGCGGCCGAGACCUCCGUCACAGCGUCGCCACGGCAACGGAGUCAUACGUCAGGCCGGUGCACAAGCCCUACAUCACCCUUUGCCAGGGGCAUCGCCUCUGCAGCACGUACAAGACCGUGUACUCGGUGGCGUACCGCCAGGUGAGCAGAGCGGCACCCACCUCGCACCUCCCCUCCGAGUGCUGCCCCGGCUGGCGGAGGUUUCACUCCCACAACUGCAACCAAGCUGUGUGUGGACAACCCUGUGUGAAUGGAGGUACCUGCUUGAGACCCAACCAGUGUACGUGUCCGCUGGGCUGGAAGGGGCACCAAUGCCAAACAGACGUGGACGAGUGUGGUGAGCAGCGGCCGUGCGCCCAGAUGUGCCUGAACACAGCUGGCAGCUAUCGGUGUGCGUGCAGAGACGGCUUCGGACUUGCUGGAGAUGGACGUUCCUGUCAAAGCCUUCCUCCUCCCCCGACUGCUCCUCCUCCUCCUCCUCCUCCUCCUCCCGCUCAGACCAGCCAGGCUACGGUGGGGGGUCACGCGGACGCAGGUGAAGGGUUCGGCCAGGUGGAGAAUGUGACGGAGGAGGUACAGAGCCUGAGGAACAGAGUCGAGCUCCUGGAAAAGAAGCUGCAGCUGGUCUUGGCCCCCGUCAGCAGCUUCUUCCCCCUGUCGCUGGACGAGGGCUGGUCGGAGAAAACCACCCUGCUGUCCCACUCCUUCCAGCAGCUGGACCGCAUCGACUCCCUCAGCGAGCAGAUCGGCUUCCUGGAGGAGCGCAUCGGCACAUGUUCUUGUCAGGAGAAUUAGCCGCCAAACCACCGAAACCUGCAUAAUAAUAAUAAUAAUAAUAAUAAAGACACGAACCUGAUAGAGAUUGUACGCGUUGCACCAAGAUGGCUGACCCUUUUUAAGAAGCCGACGCAAUCAUCGCACAGAUCGUCAUUUGUGAUUUUCACCGUUUCCAAACGGCCUCGUUUCAUUUUCUCUCGUUGAAUCACCGUCAAAUAUCUCAAUUAGUGUAACGGCGCCGGUGGCAGCGACAGUUUCAGCAUCGCGUCGUCCCUGUAACAUCUGAAUCACACCCAGUGAGGGUCAAAGGUCAAACUGGACACUUUGUUUCUGUGUGUUUGUUUUUCGCGUCCGUGCAGCUGUGUCCUCCCGUGUGAAGCCCUAACUGUCCCGGGGGCCGACGUGCACAUCUGUAUUUAUCUAUUUAAAUUAUGAUUACGUCUCGUUUUUUUUUUUCAUCUGUGCUCCAAUUGACAUUUUUACCUAGUUUUGUAACAUUUUUUAAUAAAAAGUCUUAAUCAAAA